AUGAACGUUUGUGUGAGACUAUUCAAAUACAUCCACUUGUGCUUAUUCAUCGAGAAGGGUUCGUGGUCACCGCAGGGCGUCAACAAAAAUCGCGUCAAUCGACGACAUCGCAUGAUUCUAAACCGGAAAUUGAGAGAUAGAAGACUGCAGAAUAACAAACCGGAGUGGUUGAAGCAGUGGACGAUUAGCAAGGGUUGGAUGCAUAAUCGGUCACAUUUGCUGGAACUUGGCCUCGAUAUCGUUGAGAACAUCGAUGACCUUUUGUCAGUAACCUCGGAAGAUGACUUGAACAAGAUCGAAACGUUCAGUGAUAGCAUCGACGAUUACUCCCAAGCUUUCGAUAAUUACCGGCAGACGUUCCCGGAUGUUUGCUGCCAAACCAAUUCGGACGGCGACAUCAAGCUUCCGGAAAUAUACAAAGAGCGGCUGCUACUCCACGACGGUGGGAAUUGUCUGAAGGAGCUUUGGGCGGAACUGAAGGUGAAGAAACGAAAAGGUAAGGCAGAGAAGAACAUCACAUUCACGAUUAACGAACUGUACGGUACCAACGAGAAGGUCCCAAGCCUAGCCGAAACAGUUAAUAAGCCCAAAGUAAAGCUGUCAAAGUCCACGUUAGGUGAGGAUUUGGCGACGUACAACGCCCUGAACUCCAAGACAAAUUUGCACGAGGACACCAUCUACGAGUGUUCCGAGGAUAACGUCAGCUUGUACAACAAUCCGAUUUACGUUUCCAGUGAAAUGAUAAAUCAAAACCGUCGCUACUUCGAUUUUCAUACGAACCACGCGUCGAAUCAGUUUUUGAACGGAAGUGUCGGGAAGUGCGUUGCGAAAAAGUGCGAGAAGUACAUAAUAAGGCAUAUUAAAAUAAGGAUCAUGUUGUCGUUACGAGUGAAUAGGUUGAGAAGGUUUUAUAAGCGAAAUCGGAAGGGUGACCGUAAACGUUCAAAAACGCGGAACAGUGCGAUUAGAUCGAAAACGAAAAGUGCGCACGAGGAGCAGAGGAGGAUUGGAAAUGGUAAAAAUUCGUUGAAAAUCCAAAAUAUGAGAUACGGGCGAUUGAACGUUUUACGCUGGUUACUUUGGGAGGCUGGUAACCGCGCGGACAUGCCGGCGUUAGAAAGGGCAUCGAACAGCACUUUGGCACUGCAUUACGCCGCUGCCAGGGGAUGUCUCGACUGCGUCCGAUUAUUGGUGGAUUCUACACCAGAUCUAAACGCAAACACUCAGAUGGACAACGAUGUGACUCCCGUCUAUCUUGCCGCUCAGGAGGGACACCUCGACGUCCUCAAAUUCCUGGUGCUCGAGGCCGGCGGUUCGCUCUACGUACGAGCGAAAGAUGGAAUGGCGCCGAUUCAUGCGGCCAGUCAAAUGGGGUGUCUCAAUUGUGUUAAAUGGAUGGUUCAAGAUCAAGGAGUCGAUCCAAAUUUACGCGACGGCGACGGAGCGACGCCUCUCCACUUCGCCGCGUCGCGAGGUCACCUCGAAACGGUACGCUGGCUUCUAAAGCACGGGGCGAGAUUGUCGCUGGACAAGUACGGGAAGAGUCCCAUUAACGACGCGGCCGAAAAUCAGCAGGUCGAGUGUUUAAACGUCUUGGUCCAACACGGCACGACACCGAACUAUGCAGACAGUGAGAGAAGCGGAACUUACGGCUGCUCCUGCAGUCGCAAAGGUGAUACGAAAAGAACUAGGAGUGCCUCCAAUAGCGAUUGUAACGCGUGUAAAUCUUCGGGGUGUAAUAAUAAUAACCAGGAACCGUUCUAUCUCCACCCACCUUUGGCAAGUCGCAGCUUGGAGGCGCCACACGCACCUCAAAAUGGUCUCUACAUAAAUCCAAUGAAUAACCAUAGGCAUAGUAUUUCUAGCGGCUCCGAUAGCUCAGGUGAUAGCAUCAACGGCGAUUCGUUCUACCUUCACAAUCCCCAAGAAGUCAUUUAUAAUCGCGUCAAAGAUUUAUUUGAUCCGAACUCGGCGUCCGGACAAUCAAGCAAUGGUACACCACCUCUCUCUGCCCUUACAGUUAAAGUGGAAGUGCACUCCAGUAGCAGUGGAGCGGGGUCAGACGAGAAUCUGUCGUCGUCGGAACUUUCGGAAAGGUCGGGCGACCACGAUCACGACUACGAGGACAUCUAUUUGAUACACGAGGAAGCCGAGAAGAAAACCGAGACGAGGACGAACACGCGCUCGCGUUCGCGAGAUUCGGGCUCGCACAGUCGCUCGGGCUCGACGAGCUCCUCGAACUCGGCGUGUAACGUGAUCGUUAAGCUGACGCCGACGAAGGACGUCAAGAAAAAGGAGGGUAAGAAGACGAACGAGUUUCUACCGAAGCCGCAGAAGUACGAGAAGAGGACGCUCAAGAAGGAUUCGAGCGGUAACAGUUUAUCUUCCACACCGUCGACUCUGAGUUCCGAGGAUGAUGGAGGAAAAACUAAACUUGGCGCAAGACAUUCGCUUCCUUCGAAAAACGGCUGCGCUAACUCCCGAUUGCUGAAGAGGAACAUUUCGGUGCCCGUUGAGGGAACUAGUCCACCGCCUCCGCCACCGCCGUUGCCGGCGAACUCGACGAAUGUGUACGAUGAACCAACCGGGGCGGAAAUUGUGGAAGUUGUUGAAGAACCAACAUUGAAACCUUCCGAAAUUAUUAAGGGGAUGUGUAGGAGUAUGUCCGUAUUGUCAUCGAGAAGGCACAAUUCCUCCUCCUGCUCGGAUUUAACCAUAAUUAGUCUCAGUACUGAGUGUGAAGAAAACGCAGACAAACACUUGCCGAAUCUUGUAAAUAAACAGCGUGUGCUGCCGUUUAUUCCGCCCAGUUUCCCCGGCAGCUGCAAUUCGAAUAAUCUGAUAAAGCCGUCGGAAUAUUUAAGGAGUAUUAGUGACAAACGUUCAUGUGGAUCUUCGAUGCGUGGCGUGUACGACUAUGAAGAUCCCUCACUGUUAGCGAUUGAAGUGAAAAGGGACCUCGCCUCUGGCCCGCCGCCGCCUCCGCUCCCAGAACCCAUGCACGACAUCUCUCAAAUACCAUCAAAGUCAAUCUCGCCCGAAGUGCCGUGUGAUGCUAUAAAGAAACAGCAGCAGCCGCUUUCUUCCAUAAGCAUCCAGGAUCUAAACUCCGUGCAGUUACGAAGAACCGACAAGAUGAUCGCAUCGAAAACACUGUCGGCGCCCACAAGGAGCGUCAGCCUUCAGUGCCUCCAAAGCGAAUCCUACCUGAAUCAAAAAACCGACUUGAUAGCCGAACUGAAACUAUCCAAGGACAUCACCGGCAUCAAAAAGAUGAAAAUCGAAAGAGCGAAGGUUGAAGAACGACAAGAAAAGGAAGUCUUCACAGAGAUAAGCAAGCAAUUCACCGUGAAUAACUUCGUCGAAAAGAUUCCCGACAAGGACAACACGGGCAACGUUAUACCGGCGUGGAAACGUCAGAUGUUGGCGAAGAAGGCCGCGGAAAAGGCGCGCAAAGAACUGGAGGAGCAAAUACAAAAAGAAGCGGAGAAGAAACGGCUGCAGGCGAUUCCGCAGUGGAAACGGCAGCUUAUUGCCAAAAAAGAGGAAGCAGAAAACAAGAUGAAGUCGACGAUAUACACCCCGAAAGUAGUGGACGACUCCAAAUGUCACAAAGUGCACGAUGCAGUCGAGUGCCUGAGACAGCACCAACCAGAAAGUGAGGAUUUAAACAACAACUGCAAGGAAGAGAAUAUGCCGGACGUAAUUCCUUCAACCCGCAACGAGGAAUUUUCAGACGAUGAGCAAACGACUAUAAUCCCCUGGAGAGCGCAUCUCAGAAAAACAAACAGUACGCUAAACUUAAUGGAGUAGUCCUAACACCCCAAUCGUGCAACUUUGCUUCUCCUUUACAGAAGGGGGCGCGUUUUGUAAAUACAUUAGCUUCGAUCAACCACGCGGACAGAGCCUUAAAUUUUCGCAAAACUGUAACGGGAGUUUGUAAUUAAUGUUUAUUGAAAGUUAUAUCACACUGUGAACUUUAAUUAGGUCCAUUUAUAUAAUCUCAUUAUUUUUUGUCAGCUCAACAUAUGAUCCUAAUAUCUUUAUUUUUUAAUUGCGUAAAAUUCGUAUAACUGUAAUUCUUUUGUAUUUGUACUAUAUUCGUUGAAUUUACUCGUAAGUGAUGAUUUUUGUAUGUUAUCCACAUGCGUAACUAUCACAGAAUUUUAUUGUACAUAAGUAGGUAGGUAUGUUACGAGAGUUUACAAUAUCUGUGGUUAUAUAAUUAAAUAAACAGCUUCAAUAUGUUA